UUGCCAAAAAGAAUAGUACCUAUCCAUCGUUCCGCCCACUGAGUUCCCACAGAACUUCAGUUUGUUUACCGAAUCGAAUCGCCGGAGAGAGACCAAGGCGGAAAAUAGUUUUUAUUUUUUCCCCUGGAAUCCGUGGAAUUUGUUUAUUGCAAGGCGUAAAUUCUUGUUUAAGUGGCGCGCGAAUUCUUGAGCCCAUAAACAUGCAGGAGCUACUAGUCAGCGGGAUCGGAGGAAUUGUCCCAUUUGAUAAUGAGAAUGCCGAGAACGAAAAUUGCCAAAACAAGCUAAGUGCCCCAGAGGAUCACACCCCAUAUCCUGGCCUGUCCCGCCUCACCCCCUCCCUGAUCCUUUGCGGAGCGGCGGCGGUGGUGCCCGCCUACAUGGACAAGCUGGGCGUGAGCUGCGUCAUCAACGUGGCCCCCGAACUGCCCGACACCCCACUGCCCAGUCAAAAGAAUCCGCUGUAUCUGCGGAUCCCAGUCCAGGAUCGUUCAGAGGCGGACUUGUACAAGCAUUUCGAUGAGGUGGCCGAUCUGAUCGAGGAAGUGCGUCUGUCCGGUGGCUGCACGUUGAUCCACUGCGUGGCCGGGGUCAGCCGAUCGGCCAGCUUAUGCCUGGCUUACCUGAUGAAGCACGCCGGGAUGAGUCUCCGCGAGGCCUACAAGCAUGUGCAGUCCAUUAGGCCUCAGGUUCGUCCGAACUCCGGAUUCUUCCAGCAGCUGCGGCGCUAUGAGCAGGAAUUCAGGGGCACCAGCUCGGUGGCCAUGGUGUACUUCGCCUCGCUGGACAAGGAGAUACCCGACAUCCUGGAGCCCCAGUACCGGGCCAUGGAGGAUUUCUACCAGCGAUACCGCAGCUCCCUUAAAAAGCGAUAGGUCGCUUGGCUCGCGCCACCUACACAUAAUCUUACUUGUGAUACUCGUUCCCUACUGCUAGUCCCUAGAUUAGAUCUUAAUAAUAUACUAUGUGCUUAUAGAUAACCAUGGAAAUGCUGAAACUUACAUAAGAUGUAUGCUUUAACUUCGUAAUUACAAAUACACUUUUAUUUUUGUUUAAGAACAUUGAAA